AUGGAUCGUUAUUUAAGUGAAUGGCUCCAUGUUAGGCGUGGCGGCACCUGGCACUUUUCCCGUUUGCGCUGUGCUGGUCAUAGCUACUCUCCCACAAACCGUUCCCCUGAAACUGAGACUCAAACAAUCCCGAAUGGCACGGUCUACCAUCCCUGUUACAUGCUUCCAGAAUUUCGUUCCCCACGCCCCGGAACUUCAACUGGUCGAACUAGAUCUGUUCGACGUUAUGGUGAUCAUCCGGAUUGGGCACAUGUGCCGCUAACCACGUUUCUCGCUUGCCCGUACAAUUUGGCUCAUAACCGUCAAACGAGGAUGCUAGCCGAUCUUCCACGACUGGGAUGUUACAGAAAUCUAGUCAAUUGGUCCAUUCCCACAGAAGGUUCUAAUCCGAAUUUAACUCAAAUUCAACAUGAUCUAUCAGUUAGUGCCAAACAUUCACUUCUGACCCGGAUUUGUGCGUUUGGAUUUAGUGAACAUCUUGUGUACACCCAAUAUAUGCUCCAGCGUUCUUUACAUGUCGUGUUUCAACAAUUGCUGAUCGGAACCCCAUCUGUGCCUCUUCCUACGGACCGUCAAACGCACGCAGCACUGAUUCGUGCUACUUUAAAUACCGAUGAAUUGAAGGCUGUGGAGGAUCGGAUUCAGCUAGAUACUGAACUGUACCGGUUUGCACGAGCUUUGUUUACUCGUCGACUCACUCUCCAUUUGGUCUCAGAUUCGUUUGUUCCUUUCUCUCUUCGCCGACCAUUGCGCACAUUAUUGUUUCAUAGACCCACCGCUUUGUGGGCUGGUUUGGAGCAUUUACUCUUGGGGAAUCUGUCCCAACCCCUUACCCCGUUUGCCUUCCGAUUGCAAAAGAUACUGAUUCGCAGUUUCAUACGUCAGGGUAGUACUGCUCUAACUGAAUCCAAUACAAAAUCUAAUCGAAACAAAUGGGUGAAUAAAUUGGCUUCAGACUUUGCACAUGCAGGUUUACUAACGGCCUUUUCUGGAUCUUCACAAGAAAAUAAGGUUACUCACGUCAAGGAAAAUUUGGAUGAGAAAGAGCGAGAAGAGGUAUAUGAAGACAAGGGGUCAUUAACUUUUGACUCCCCAUAUUUUCCCUCACAACGAGUAACAGGAGAGCAAAAUGAGCAUUCAAUCGAAUACCCAAUCCCAUAG